AUGGCCUUCAGGGGGCCUGAACCCUGGGUCCCUGCAUCUCUGCUGAGCCAGAGGCUGAAGGCCGAAGAAAAGACUUUGGACCUGGAGUUCUAGGUCUUGAGCGUGGGGUUUAACGCGGAGGGCAGAUACGCCCUGCGGCUGUCAGCUGAGAGGCCCCGGCAGGGCGGCUCUGGGGCUGGGGUGCUGUUGCAGGUGAAUGAUGGGGACCCCCUCCCUGCCUGCUCUGCUGUCACCAAUGUCGUUGAGCAGAAAGACCCUGGCCAGAGCCUCACCCUCACCAGGAACAAGUUUGUUUUUACUUUGCUUAAAGCUUUCUGCAAGAAUGAUGGAUAGCAUGACGCACAGCUGCACCUGGAGGCUGAGCGGGCCUCCGGAAGGGCGGCCCAGCGGGUAGGCGAGGCCAUUUUUCCCAUCUACCCGCGCCCGGACCACCCCCAAAUGAACAUCUUGGCCCGGGAGCACGAGGACCCGCAGCACUACUGCGGCAACCUGGCUCUGCUCCGGGCCAGUGCAGACCCCACGGCCUGCCACUGCGGGGGCCUGGCCUACAGGGUGGCCUUCCACAUGCACCGGGCCCCUCAGCCUCCUGCCACAAACUGCCCUCCCCGCGCCAGCCAGCCAGAACCAGUGUCACCGCAGGAGCCCAUGAAUACCUCCCAGAAUGUGGACCCUGUCAUCAGCCACCUGUCUCCCUCUGAUAAGGAGGUCAUCACAGUCACUCUCCAUGGGGCCACCAACCUUCCUGCCUCCAAGGAUGGCUCUGAGCCAUGGCCCUACGUGGUAGUGAAAACCACGUCUGAGGAAGCGAAGAACCAGAGUUCCAAGGCAGUCACAUCUGUGCCCUCGGAGCCCAGCAAAGCCCCCAUCGGGGGGGACAUGGUCAAAGUGGAGAUCCAAGCUGAGGAUGAGGGGCAUGAAGAUGUGAUCCUCAAGGUGGUGGACAAUAAAAAGAAAGAGGAACUGUUGUCCUAGCAAAUCCCCAUCAAGUACUUGCAUGUCUUCCACCCCUACCACUCUGAGCUGGUGAAACCCACUGAGUCUGGGAAAGCCGAUGAAGCCACUGCCAAGACCCAACUUUAUGCAACAGUCGUUCGAAAGGGCAGCUUCAUCUCCCACUACAUGGGCCACAACCACACAGCUCUGGAGCUCUUUCUCCGGGGGCUCAACGAGCCCCUGGUCAACAGCCCCGGCCCCGUGGUAGUCAUUGCCCGGGUGGUUCCCAACUACAAGGAGUUUCAAGUCAAUCAGGUAAACUGGGACCCGGCAUCCCUGGGGCUUCCCAUCACCCCACUCUCCUUCCCUAUCCCAUCCGUGAUGAACUUUGAUGUUCCUCGGGUCAGCCAGGAUGGGUGCCCUCAGCUGUCCAAGCCUGGGGAACCCCCAGAGCUGCCCCUGUGGAAUCAGUCCUUCCUCUUCCAAGGCCGAGAUGGAGCCACCAGCUUCUCAGAGGACACAGCCCUGGUGCUGGAGUACUACUCCUCGUCUUCAAUGAAAGGCAGUGAACCAUGGACCCUCAACAAGCCCCCGGGUAUCUCCGUGUUGCCGCUAAAGAGCCGUUUGCACCGCAAGAUGCUGACAGGGAAGGGCCUGAAUGGGCUGCGUGUGGAGAAGCUCCCCAUCCAGGACACCAAGCUGAAAACCAUAAAUGGUGAGGUCCCCACGGUGGAUCUCUCCUUCCAGCUGCUUUCCUCUGAGAGGCCGGAAAACUUCUUGACACCAAACAACAGCAAGGUUCUGCCCAUCCUGGACCCCAAGAUCUUAGACGAGAAGCUGGGUACCACGUCCUGGUCCAAGGCCACAGUGAGCUCCACAAUUGGCUCCAACACAUCCAUUUCUCAGGAAGCAGAGGAAGAGCCUCAGGUGCCCAAGAUGUCCCGAGAAAUGGAGAUGAACAGCUACCGGCGGGCCAUGCAGAAGAUGGCAGAGGACAUCCUGUCACUGCGGAAACAGACCAGCAUCUUGGAGGCAGAGAACCAAAUGCUGAGGAGCCAGCUGACCCAGGAGAGGGUAGAAGAGGAGCCAGACAUCACUGACAGAGCCCAGAACCUGGCGUCCAUGAAGCAGAAGCUGCUGCUGAGUGAGCUGGACGUGCAGAAGCUGAGGGACAAGGUGCAGCAUCUGCAGAACGAGCUGAUUCGAAAGAAUGAUAGAGAAAAGGAGCUGCUCCUCCUGCACCAGGCUCAGCAGCCACAGGCGGCGCUGCUGAGGCGAUACCAGGACAAGCUGCAGCAGGUGAAGGCGCUGGAGGAGACCGUGAGGCACCAGGAGAAGGUGAUUGAGAAGAUGGAGUGGGUGCUGGAGGGCAAGCUGCGGCAGAGGAACGAGCCCCUGCAGAACAAGCUGCAGGGAAAGCCCAGUGUGGCCUUCCCCAUGCUCUCAGCCUCUGGCCUUCCCCCGGGUCCGACGGGAGAGAAUCUGCCUGUUGACCUUUACUCAAUGCUGCUGGCGGAAAACUCGAGGCUGCGGGCAGAGCUGGACAAGAGCCGCCACCAGUCGGCCCCCAUCAUUCUGCAGCAGCAGGCCCUGCCGGAUCUUCUUGCCAAUAAUUCAGACAAGUUUAACCUCCUAGCCAAGCUGGAACGCGCUCAGAGCCGGAUUCUUUCCCUGGAAAGCCAGUUAGAGGACUCAGCUCGACGCUGGGGACGAGAGAAGCAGGACUUGGCCACACGGCUGCAGGAGCAAGAGUAUGGCUUGAGGCCCCCUUCCAACACGAUCAUCACACAUGAGUCCAACCCCUCCACCCUCUCCAAGAACCAAAGGCGACCCUCCAAGCUGGACCCCUUGAUGCCCAGCUCAUAGACUAAGCUCAACAAGCUCUCUAAAUCCCAGCAGACUGAGUCCUAG